UCGAUAUAACUAAAUGUUCUUCGAUUUUAGAGCUUCCUUCCUUAUGUGUCCUUUGAAAAAGCAAUUCAUGAUCUGCUUAACUUAUUUUAGCAGCAGAACCAAUAAUCAAGAUUCACUUUUUCCACCUUUUCACUCGUAUAUAUAACCUUGGAAUUCCAGACUGCUUCAUCCAUUAUUUCUUUUCCCUCAUUCUAAAUUCUUGCCUCUGUUUUACACUUCGUCAUCAAGUUCAUCAUUCCUUCAUGGAGACGGUUGAACUCAAGGUGGAGAUGGUUGGCAUACACGAGAGAAGAUUGAGGAAGUGCCUGUCAAAAUUGAAAGGUAUAGAAAAAGUAGAAGUGGAUGGCAAUAGUCAGAAAGUAGCUGUAACAGGGUAUGCACAUAGAAACAAAAUACUAAAAGCAGUAAGGAGAGCUGGUCUCAAAGCAGAUUUCUGGUCUCCACAAAAUGAUCUCCUUAAUGCAUAUGCAUAUGGAAGCUUAAGAUUCAACAACAUCAACUUCUUCUAGAGAUACCAAUUUUUUGGGUUUUUUCAUUUUUGCCUUUCCAGUUCUUCAUAUAGGACGAUACACCAAAGAAUAUCUUUGUUUACGUAUUUUUAAUUUUUUGAUUGUCUCUCAUAUUUUGCAUUUAAAAUAGCUGUUACACAGAGAAAAUGAAAUAUCCUAAAAUUUAUCAGUUUCUUA